CUGAAGGUCGUAGCUGUUCCCAGAAAAGGAUUUUCCCAAUCUAGGCCUCAGAAAUUCACUUUAAGCUCUCUAAAUCACAGAAUGGAGUUGACAGACUUUGUGGUUAUAUCCAAAUACUAUCCUGCUGGGAAAAUGGCGAGACUGAGAGUAUAAACCAAUCAUUUAACAACAGAGACAGAAGAACUGGAAAAGAUGGAAAGACACAAUGGGAAAUCAGCCAAUGGUUUCAGAAAGGAUAGUUCUCCGCAGACAGUAUCAUGCCUGGACUUGAACUGUGAGCAUGAUGAGUCACAGACUUCUGAUCACAUGACUGAGAAGGAACCACAGUCACACUAUAUUCCUAUUCGACGGAAUUCCAGAUACUAUCGUUCCAUCAGACUUCGAAACAGAGGGAAAGGGAGGAGUUAUAAAGAGAUUCAAACAGAGUGCGUUGAAGGCUCACUAAAAAGUGGCAAUACUGGAAAUGAGCUUCUGGACAAAGAUGAAGUGUUACGUAUAUUCCGCAAGGGCCUGUCUCUACAUGUAAAGCCAGAUAUGACAGCUACAGAAGAACAAUGGCUUCAAAGGCUGCUCCCUUCCUACCCCGGUUACCGUGGCAACCGUCCGGACUCCCCCAGCCCCGCGCCUGCUGCGGAAUCGCUCCGUAGCAGCAGCAGCAGCAGCCGCCGCUCGCUGCCGGAUUCGCUGCUCUUGUCGCUGCUGCCGCCGUCGUCUCCGCCACCUCGCAUGGAGCUGCUGGCUGCCGCGCUCAGCGCCGCCUGUGCCUUGGACCAUGAGGGCUCCGCAGAGAGCGUGGCCGGAGCCCGCCCGGCUGACAGUGAGUCCCCUUCCAUGGCUGUACCAGUUCCUAUUCCUGAAGAGAGCCCAGUGCUUCAAGACUGUCCUGCUGCUUUCCCAGAAGCCCUGCAAAUGAUUCACCCUAUGACAGCUGACUCCUGGAAAAACUUCAUUGAGCAAAUAGGGCUCUUAUAUCAAGAAUAUCGGGAUAAAUCCACACGUCAGGAGAUAGAAACUAGGCGGCUGCAGGAUUCACAGACUGAUACUGAAGACGAGUGCACAACUACUGAGGAGACACUAUCAGAAAAAGAACCUACAGAUACAGUGGAAAGCAAGGCUGUUCCCCAGAUUAACCUACUCAGAAAUUCCACUUCCAGGUUUAAUUUAUGGCAAGACCUUCCAGAAGUCAGAAACAGUGGUGUUCUGAAUAUUCUCCAGCCAGAUGAGAUCAAACAUCAAGAGGCCAUGUUUGAAUUGGUCACUUCAGAAGCUUCAUACUACAAGAGCCUAAAUCUGCUGAUAUAUCAUUUCAUGGAAAACGAGAGAUUAAAAAAGAUUCUGCAUCCCUCAGAGGCUCACAUCCUGUUCUCCAAUGUCCUGGAUGUCAUGGCAGUCAGUGAGCGUUUCCUCUUGGACCUUGAGAAGCGGGUAGAAGAGAACAUUGUGAUAUCAGAUGUCUGUGAUAUUGUCUACCAGCAUACUAACCAUUUCUCAGUGUAUGUAACCUAUGUCUCCAACCAGACAUACCAGGAGAGAGCUUACAAGCAACUUCUCCAGGACAAGCCAGCUUUUCGGGAGGUGAUCUCACAGUUGGAGCUGGAUCCCAAGUGCAAAGGCCUGCCCUUCUCAUCCUUCUUGAUUUUGCCUUUUCAGAGGAUCACUAGACUGAAGCUGCUGGUUCAGAAUAUUCUGAAGAAAGUAGAAGAAAAGUCUGAACGGGAAAUCACUGCCCUUGAAGCACACAAGGAACUGGAAACAGUGGUGAAGGCAUGCAAUGAAGGUGUUAGGAAGAUGAGUCGUACAGAACAGAUGAUCAGCAUCCAGAAGAAGUUGGAAUUUAAGAUCAAGUCUGUUCCCAUCAUUUCUCACUCCCGUUGGCUGCUAAAGCAGGGAGAACUACAGCAGAUGAAUGGCCCCAAAACAUCGCGUACCCUCAGGACAAAGAAACUCUUCCGAGAAAUUUACUUGUUCCUCUUCAAUGAUUUGCUAGUGAUCUGCAGGCAAAUUCCUGGUGACAAAUACCAGGUGUUUGACUCUGCUCCCCGAGGACUUCUUCGGGUGGAGGAGCUGGAAGACCAAGGACAGAGCUUGGCCAAUGUCUUCAUCCUGAGGCUUCUGGAAAAUGCAGAUGACCGUGAAGUCAGCUAUAUGCUAAAAGCAUUGUCCCAAAGUGAGAUGAAGCGUUGGAUGAUCUUGCUGGCUCCAAAUCGAAGAACCAAAUUUGUGUCCUUUACAUCGAGGCUCAUGGAUUGCCCCCAAGUACAGUGUGUCCAUCCUUAUGUGGCUCAGCAGCCAGAUGAGCUCUCACUGGAACUGGCUGAUGUAUUGAACAUCUUGGAAAAGACAGAUGAUGGUUGGAUAUUUGGGGAGCGUUUGCAUGAUCAAGAAAGAGGUUGGUUCCCCAGCUCUAUGGGGGAGGAGAUCCUGAACCCCAAGAUACGAUCCCAGAACCUGAAGGAGUGUUUCCGGGUGCACAAGACUGAUGAUAGUCAGCGAAGAAAGCUGAGCAGCAGGAACAAACAAUGAUUAUGAUGCACAGUUUUCUGUUCCGCUUUAGAAGCAACUGAUGGCAGAACCUGAGGCAAUGGGGAUUUCAUUAAUUAGGAGGUGGCAAAGGAUAUUUGCUUCAGACAAGCAUCUUUCUCACUUCCAAGCUAGCGGGCUUCUUUGCACACUCGGUAGAGUGUGGAUGAUACCUCUGAAGAGGAGGUGUGGCCACCUUGCACCUGGACAGACCUAGGAGCAGUCCUAAAAUGUAUUUCCAAGUGUACUGCAAACUCUAAAGAGUACACAUCUCUUGCCUUUGCGUGAUGAGGAAACCUUGAACACUGAAGAACUAGGGAAAAAAACAACUAUGUCCAGGCCCAAGAAGCAACACUCCAAACCAUGGUACCACAACGUGUAACAUUUGAUUUUUUUUUCAAGUUAAAGAUAGAAUUUGGGUGUUUAGGAACUCAGUACCUUUGACAAGAUGUAAGCUGCCAGCAUCCACACUGGAGUCUAUGUUUAGGAAUCUUCUCCUUAAGAAACAAGUAUGGACUGCCUGCAAAGCAUACUGGCAGGCAUCUUUCUUGUAAGUGCAUCAGUACUGAAGCAGAGAAAGUGUCUUGUUUGAAAAUUGGAGAAUCAGUGGCAGAAUCAAGACUGGAAACUCUGGAAGGAAUCCUUAUGGGUUUUCAGCCCUGCUGCUCACUCUGCGGCCCAUGCUAGGUCUGCUGCUACUCAGUCCUGGCCUAGAAGAUUCUUUCCUGCAAGAACUAUCAUUUUCUGCUGUAAGCAAUCACUACCUGUAUUUACGUAUCAAACUAUAGUGCACACACACCCCUAUCCCACGCAAUAGUUCAUUAAUGUACAAACAUGUUGAGAGGUGGAGGCAGUGAGGCAGCACAUACUUAAGGUUUCCUUUGCCACAAAUAGAUUUUGCUUCUAGGGUCUGUUUCAAAUGCUAAAGAAUUAUUUGCCUUGGAAAACAAGAACUGUAAAGCCAGCAUUAUGGAAGCUAAAUCAGGAUGCACAUGACAUUCUAACAGGUGUUAUGUCUGGAGAGACAAACUUUUCUGUGGCCUGUAAAGUUCUGUAUAACCUGUUGCCUUUCCCUGAUGUACAUACAAACUCUGAUCACAGUAUUUGAAGGAAUAUUUCUUACAUCGUUCUGAACAAAAUGCAUCUGUGUCAGUACAGGAAGGUUAUACUCAGAUAAUGGACCAGUGCUCAUGCAAACUGGAAUAAGAGGAACUAGGUAAAAAGAGGCUUGAGGCAGAGGAUAACAUAUUUUGUACUAAACAUCUGCAAAUGAUGUACUAAAACAAUAGGAAGGCCUCUUGCACAUUAGCUAUUUGCAUGAACUCGAUGUAUAACAAUUUCAAGUUGGUGUAUAUAGGAACGCCUUUGAAAGCCAAGAGAAACAAAAAAGCAUUUCCUCCUUUAAUUCAACCAGGAGCUUCUGAAAGAAAGAACAGAACUUUACUAAGGAGAAAUGUGACAGAGAGAUGAACAGAAGAUUGUAAAGCACUUUGCAUAUUAAAAAAAGUGUUACAUAAA